GCAUUAGUGAAUAUCUAUUAAAAGGGAUAGUAUAUUUUAGUACCAGGUACACACUUAUAAACAAACUUAACAACGUUCUAAGCGAUCAUUUGGGCAUCUCUAAUAAGUUCUUCAUCAAUUCAUCACCCAUCAAUUCCCGUGAUGCAUCCUUUACUUGAUCCGUUUCUUAGCGAACAGUUGAUGAGCGAGCCUCUUACUUGCUAUGCGGCGGAUUUCGAAAUACCACAGCUCCGCAGAUGCGUUUUUGACCUGACUUCUAUCGACUGGAGUCGUUCGCGUGGGAUUGCUGCCGGGUAUGAUGGGUAUACUUGGAAGAUCCGGAUCCGUGGGCAUAAUCGCCCCUACGCUUUAAAAUUGAACCGUACCCAGGUUCUGGUCAAUACUAUGCCGCCCAACGAGAGUGCCAAAACAAUGCGGUACUGCAACUUAAUGCAAGCUGCAGUUGAAGAUGUCGAAAGCCCACCAAUUAUGAUAAACCCCAACCCGAAAAGCAAAUCCGACGCUUUAAGGAACACCUACAUGUUUUCCCAGGAAGGUCGACAAGCUGGGCUACCUAAUGCAAAUUUUGAGCCCAUGGUCAUCACGCGGAUUCCACGGAUGAGACGAUGUUAUGGCUGGGUGAAGAUCAAUUACUCCACUCUCCGUACCUGGCCUCAAAAAGCCCAGCCGCACCCCUGGAUCGACGAGAGACUGGUACGAUAUGUUUCUCCUGGCAAGGAUCACAUCGCAAUUAUCUACGAGUAUAUCCAGGAAACGGAAAAUGGUAACGAUCCGAAAGUUGUGAAAGAAGUUACGGAUUUCCUUUGGCGCGCUGGUUUCGGUUAUAGCGUUGCUUCCUUGGCGAGGAAUUGGAAGAACGGAGUUUUGAUCGACCUUUCAGAUAUUGUUCACGCUUGCGGGUAUCAAUGGCAUGAAAGAUGGUACGGUCCGAGGGAGGUAGAUAAAGUACUAAGGGAUGACGGGAUUGGCCUAUUCAAUAAUCGGGUAUGAUCAUUUAUUGAAGCUAGUCGAUUGGAUGCGCCUCCGGAGCCGCCGCAGCCGGCAGCCAUGGUUGAUCCCGAGAGUCUGGAGUAAAUAAUACCUGUGGAAGCUGAGGUUGUCCUUACUCCAACGCCAGCUUGUCACGUCGCAGAGCAUGCAGUAGGUAAAACAACUUCGUUGUUCCGCAAGGAACUCUAACUACAGUUGCUUUUAAGCCAAAGCUAUAUACAGAA